UUACCGGCUUUAAUGAAUCGCUGAAUGUCGCUGUGCAUAUAAACAAAUUAUAAGCGUUUCGAACAGAUUUCGAAGUAGAAAAACAGAUGAGCUAAUGUGUACCUACCGACGAACUGUUGUAGUGUGUGCUUGUGCUAUCGCGACUCGCUUUGAUGGGAAGACAUCCAUCGCAGAAUCGAAACUGCUCUUCAUUAUCAGAACAGAAAAGUGGGUGGACGGACGUGGACAGACACGAAGCUUCCGAGCGUCGCGGAGGUCGUAGUGGUGCUCGAACAAGUGUCAUUAAUCAUACCUUCGUACCGAGAGCAAGCAAUUUCAUUAUAACUAAUGAAAUUGGUUUGAAAGCGUUGCUGAUAGUGGAUCGCGCCAAAAAAUGAAGACACUCGAAGUGGAAUCCAAGGAAAGCCCCGCCAAGGGAACCAGCACCAUGCGAAGCUUCGUGGACACUAUUCAGCUGCUGUUGAAUACGUUGAAUCAUGUGUUGAUCGGAUUCGUCUUUGUCUACACUGUUUGGGUUUGCUACAAGAACGGAUUUCAGCUGAUUUUCACGUGGCAUGUGAAGCUUUGUGUGUUCGGGUUCCACGUCCUGAUGGCGGAAUCCAUUUUGGCUUUCUACUCGAGUUGUUCGUGGGCCGUGGCACUGACGCAACCACAGCGGAAGACAACGCAUUGGGUCAUGCAGGUCGUCGGAGCAGGCAGCAUUAUCAUCGGCAUAGCACUCGAGAUAUAUUAUCGCGAGACCAAAAACAAAAAGCACUUCAGCAGUCCGCACUCCAUUCUCGGUCUGGUGGCGUUGAUUUUACUGGUGAUCAGCAUGUGCAAUGGACUUGGGUCACUCUACGCGGUGGAACUGGGGAAACGCAUCAAGCCCAUGUACAUUAAACUGAGUCACCAUUUCAUUGGGUUAGCGUGUUUUGUCAUUGGCAUGGCGUCUCUUAUUAUUGGCUACGAUAAGAAAAUCUUCAGGAACAACUCAACCCCAGAAAUGCAAGUUACGUUGCGGGUUAUGACAAUUUUGGUCAUCUUUCUGAGCGUUCUGGGAGUUCUACGGACGAUAAUUACACACGUUAGAACCCUGCUGCGGUGAUUCUGAGUUGAACAGAACAUUAUGUAUAAAACUUGACCAAGCGAAAUGCCACUUAUUGUAUAAAGGACUCACUGCGCUCGACGUUAAACCAGUUGAACAAAAAUAAAUAAAAAUGUAUCAA